AUGGAGGAUGCCGAGAAUGCCUUACAGUCAUCAAAGAAAAGGGCUGCUGGACGGGAGCUCACACGAGACACUCCUCUUGAUGACGAUGAAGAUGACACUGACCUUAAUACUGGAACUUUCAAGAAAGCGAGUGACGAGGUUCUGGCAUCCAGAAGAAUUAUCAAAGUAGGGCGUCGCCAACAGACUAAUUCUACUCCUUCUUCAAACCCUUUUGCUGGAAUACGCUUGUCUGCUCCUACUGAAUCCAGUGCCAAGCCUGUUGAAGCUACUGCUGAAACACUACCAGGUAGCAAAUCUCUUGAGGUGGAGGACAAAUCUACUUCAAAUAACGAUGCUGCAGGUAAAAACAAUGUAACUAAGGAGCUUGCGGAGAAGGAGAGUAUCAACGAAAACUCUAAAGUAGAUAAUGAACAAAGUAAGGAUGGAAGUAAGAUUGAAAAUGAGGGCAAAAAGGAAGCUGCUGAUAAGGAAAGUGCAGGUGAGAUUGAAAAAGAACCAUCUACAGAAGUAAAAAAUACUGAGAACAAUGAUAAGAGCGAAAAUAGUGAAAGCAAGGAUAAGGAAAACAAAGUAAGUGACGAGGCUACUGCUGAAGGUGGCCCAUUCAAAUCAUUUCAACAGCUUUCGAGUAGUCAAAAUGCCUUCACAGGUCUUGUUGGAAGUGGAUUUUCUUCUUCCUUAUUUUCCUUUGGGCCUAAAACAAAUGAUGGGACUGCUUUAGGUAGUGGAACUGGUUCUAUUUUUGGCUUGAAACCUGACCAGCCUUUGGGUCUGGGUUUAUCAAACACUGGAACUUCUGGUUUUGGGACGUCAGGAGCAUCUGCUAUUUCCAAGAGUGAGACACUGCAGGAAGUCGUCGUUGAAACUGGUGAAGAAAACGAGGAAGUCGUUUUUAGUGCAGAUUCAGUGUUGUUUGAAUUUGUAGAUGGAGGUUGGAAGGAACGUGGAAAGGGAGAGGUGAAGGUGAAUGUUGCAAGUGGAACAGAAAAGAAGGCCAGAGUUCUUAUGAGGUCUAAGGGAAAUUACAGAUUGAUAUUAAAUGCGCGUCUUUACCCCGAAAUGAAGCUCACAAAUAUGGAGAAGAAAGGUGUUACCUUUGCCUGUGCAACUGAAGGGAAAACUGGUCUUUCGACAUUUGCAUUGAAGUUCAAAGAUGGGUCCAUAGUGGAGGAUUUUAAGGCUGCUAUUACUGCACAUAAGGGGGAGGCGACUACAACUGUGAAGACACCAGAAAAUUCUCCUAAGGCUUCUGUUGUUUGA